AUGAAGAAGAAAAGGAGGAACUGGGCGGAAUUGAACACGGAUUGUUUGAUUAAGGUGUUCGAGAUGCUGGGAUCAGAAUCUGCGGGAUUAGAAUCUCUAACAUUGGACAUUCCCUUCGUUUGCAAGUCUUGGUACAAAGCUUCGCUCAAUCCUCAAUGUUGGAAAAUACUUCGGUUCCCUCAUGCACUCUGCAGGGAUCCAUGGGUGUGGUGGGAAUAUGAUGGUUUUGCCCAAAGAUUCAUGGACAAGUACCGAAUCCAGAAUUUUUCUUUCACAGGCUUUGUUAAACUUGUUGUUAGACGAAGUCGUAACUCUGCUGUCACCGUUAUUCUUCCUCCUGGGUGCACCUCAGAGGUUUUGGAGCUUAUAUCAAACGAGUGUCCUUCAUUGAAAUACUUAGGGUUCCCUUCCGAUCUCUUCCCAUUUGAUUGUGAACUUAUCCAAGAACUAAUAAGUAAAUGCAAGGAUUUAGAGGGAUUAUUCUUGGGACAAACUCAUUCUUUCCAGGAAAUCCUAAUUCAAAUCAGUCUUAACUGCAAAAAUUUCAGUGAUUUAUCUGUAAGAGGUAAUCUUGGCAACAAAGAAGCAUCAGCUAUUGUAACUUUGCUUCCGAAGAUCAAAUAUUUGAGGUUGAGGUGUACUACACUACCCCGUAAGAGUCUGAGGAUGAUAUUGAAAGGCUGUAAAGAACUGGUGCUACUUGAUGCAAGGAAUUGCGUUGGUUUUAAGGCUAAAGAUAAAGAGAUCUUAAAGAUGGGUUCUCACAUCAAGACCUUUAUGAUUCAGGGUUCUGUAGUAUAUAAGAGUGAGGCUGGAAGUCCUUGUAACAAGAAUCCCUGUUUAGAUGAAAGUGACUAUGAUGAUUAUCAGUAA